CGAAGAAGCAGUUACAACGCGACUGUUCUGAGAGUCAGGACGUCCGCCGGCCGCGCUCCACCGUACACCUGUCCGUCGCGUAGUUACGUGCGUGCGUGCGCGCAUACCUCGCGAGAACGGCAGGGCGCAAAGUUAGCGAAGCAGAAGGUGAAGAAGGAGCAAGAACCACCUUCGCGAUACGUGCGUGGCCGUGUGUGUGCGUGCAUGGAAAAGGAAGGACCACGAAGGACCACGAGGACGCGGCACGAGAGAGCACGGGGCGGAGCAAGGUGGCGGCUCCGCUAACGGCGCUAGCGGCGGAAGAAAAAUGUCGCAUUAUUCUCUACGCUGGAACAAUCAUCAGAGCCAUAUACUACAGGCCUUCGAAGCGCUGCUGCAAUCGGAGGUGCUCGUCGACGUGACCCUGGUGUGCGCCGAGAGCAGCCUCAGGGCGCACAAGGUCGUCCUCAGUGCCUGCAGUCCCUUUUUUGAGAGGAUAUUCGCGGAGCACCCGUGCAAGCAUCCGGUGAUCGUGCUGAAGGAUUACACCGUUCAUGACGUGGCUGCUCUGAUCGACUUUAUGUAUCGCGGCGAGGUGCGAGUCGGUCACGAGGAGCUGCCAGGGUUGAUAAGGGCCGCGGAGAGUCUGCAGGUGCGGGGACUGUCGGAGCCUAUAGUGACACCGGCAGAUCCUAUACUGACAUCGUCGGAUCCCAGGAUGACGUCGCCGCCGGAAACACCGAGCCUCUUGGGCGAGCCGCCGACGCCGGAGGGCGCACGACAGGACAGCCCUGAAGAGGACGACAAUGUCUCGGAGAAUAUGCCGUUGCCAAUCGUGAAGGAGCUCGCGGCGGCGGCAGCGACGGCAUCCAAUCCGACGUUCCAUUCAACGAGGGACCAUCGCGACAUGCCGCUCAAGCUGAGCUUCCAGACGAUACGCGAGAUGUGCAGCUCGCCGCUGAUGCCGCGCCGGAAACAGGCGCGACCACGCCGACGGUCGGGGGAACUGCUAGUGCAAACGAUGCCGCAGGAUCUGAGUAGGAACCACACGUUGGCCAAUUCGAGCCCGUCUCCGAGUUGCCUUAAUCUCAGCGCUAGUCAGCAUCAAUCUCAGCAGGAGCAGCAGCAGCAGCAGCAGCAACAACAGCAGCAGCAGCAACCUCAGUUCCACCAGCAACAAUCUUCUAGCAAUGCGCAGAACCAGCAGCAGCAACACCAUCAGCAGCAACAGCAGCAACAGCAAGAAGACAUAGCGGAGAAUCUUUCGAUGAAGAGGUCCGCAUCACCGAAUGGCCUGGACCGGCACCGGAAAACGAUGAAGACGGAGGGUAGCGAGACGGCGAGCAGUCCUCGCUGCUCGCCGCUCACCGGCUCGAAUCUCUUGCACCCGGACGGGCCUAUUCAGGAUGUCGCUACCGCGGCAGCAGUGGCGGCAGCGGCGGCCUCGGUGGCGGGUCUGCCGCCGAUGUCGACGUUGUCGCUGACGUCGCCGCAUCAUCAUAGCGAGUACCUGACUAGCCUGACGAGCCUCGGCCAAUUGGCUCAAUGGCUACCCGGACAUCCGCAGGGUCAGCUACCGCCCCCGCCACCGCCGCAGAGCCAUUUGGCGCGAGAGGGCAGUCCACACGUGUCGGUCAGGAGUCACCCGUACCAGCAGCAACAGCAACGGCAGGACUCGCCGUUGCCGCCGCGACGGACUUCCGUCGCGGCGAUGUUCCCGACGUUGGACGGCGUGCCAGGUCUUGGUGCUGGUCUCUUCCCGCACGGGACCAGCCUCGACAGAAGCAGCCUGCUAGCGGAUCUCCACGACUUCAAGCCGGAGGCGCUGCAAGGACUCUUCGCCACUAGUAACUUGAGCGCCCAUCAUUCACCGCUCUCGAACAAGAAGCCGAAGAAGUAUCGAGGCAACGGCGACACGCCGCGCAGAUGGAGUGAUCCAACCGCCCGGGGUCUGCCGAUGGACAGGCCGAAGGGUCAACACAGUGCGCCGCGAGGUGGACCACCCAGAUCUUGGACGAACGCCGAGCUCACCGAGGCGCUUCAGCAAGUCUGGAAUAAGAAAAUGACGACGUCGCAGGCCAGUCGGAUAUUCGGUAUACCGUACAACAGCCUGCUGAUGUACGUGCGCGGCAAAUACGGCAAGAGUCUGAAGCUCGAGCAACUGCGGAGGGACUGCACCGGCUCCGGCACCAGCAAUCCCGACUUCAUGAAUGCGGUUAACAACAACGUCAAGGCCGUCCAGCAGACUGCGCAGCUCAGCCACGGGUUGGCCGCACUGCCGCCGUCGCAUCCAGCGGACGACGGUGGCGGUUACCACCAUCACCCGCUUUUAGGCGGUAACCUGCCUCAGGGUUUCUAUCCCGACUUCACCUCCGCGCCUUUUCCAAUGCCGGUCAACAUGGUGCAUUUACUACCGCCGAGCGAGCAGAAGGGCUUCGAGUCAUCUGGGAACCCGGGCGGCGGCGGCGGCGGCGGUUUCCUAGAAGAAAUAUACAGUCAGAUGCUUAAAGGUUGCAAUACUUUUAUCUAG